GGAAAGUAAGAUCGGGUUGGCAAUGCAUCAGUGAGUGGCAUGAUUGAAGACAAGAUAAAAAGCAGGCUACAGCAAAAGGUGUGAACUUCGUAUUUUCUCCCUGAAACUAGGUUACAGCUGAAGAGAUCAAGAUGGUCCCAAAUUACUCUACCGAAGAAACGGUUAAAAGAAUCCACGUCGACUGUCCUGUUUCAGGAAGGCACAGUUACAUCUAUAUUAUGGUUCCAACUGUUUACAGCAUCAUCUUUAUCAUAGGCAUAUUUGGGAACAGCCUGGUCGUUAUUGUCAUUUACUGCUACAUGAAAUUAAAAACAGUAGCCAGCAUCUUUCUUCUAAACCUGGCGCUGGCUGACUUGUGUUUUUUGAUAACCCUGCCGCUCUGGGCAGCCUACACGGCCAUGGAGUACCAGUGGCCUUUCGGCAACUGUUUGUGUAAGUUAGCAUCAGCAGGGAUAAGUUUCAACCUGUACGCCAGCGUGUUCCUCCUCACAUGCCUUAGUAUUGACCGAUACCUGGCCAUAGUACAUCCAGUGAAGUCCCGAAUUCGACGUACCAUGUUUGUUGCCAGAAUAACUUGCAUUGCCAUCUGGCUUCUCGCCGGUGUGGCCAGUUUGCCCGUCAUCAUUCACCGUAAUAUAUUCUUUGCUGAGAACUUGAACAUGACAGUCUGCGGUUUUCGGUACGACAACAAUAACACAACGCUCCGGGUUGGGUUGGGUUUAUCCAAAAAUUUGCUGGGCUUUUUAAUUCCUUUUCUGAUCAUAUUAACAAGCUACACCCUAAUUUGGAAGACCCUGAAGAAGGCAUAUCAAAUUCAAAAAAAUAAGACUAGAAAUGAUGAUAUUUUUAAGAUGAUUGUGGCAAUAGUAUUUUUCUUCUUCUUUUCCUGGAUUCCUCAUCAAGUGUUCACUUUUCUGGAUGUAUUAAUUCAGUUACACGUAAUAACAGACUGCAAAAUCACUGAUAUUGUGGAUACGGCUAUGCCCUUCACCAUUUGCAUCGCUUACUUUAACAACUGCUUGAAUCCUUUUUUUUAUGUUUUUUUUGGAAAAAACUUUAAAAAAUACUUCCUUCAGCUAAUAAAAUACAUUCCGCCAAGUGUCAGCACACAUCCAAGCCUAACAACAAAAAUGAGCUCCCUCUCAUAUCGGCCACCAGAAAAUAUACGCUUGCCCACUAAAAAGACUGCUGGGUCUUUCGACACCGAGUGAUGCGUUUUGCAACACACUUUUUUUUGAACAACCUUGCGAACGAAGCAGCAAGAAUGACAAAAUUCAUCUGCAGUCCUGAACAUCACAGCUUACUGCUCAUUGCAGAAACAUCAGAUCACCGCAGAGAAAUCACACUGUAAAGAUGUAGCAGUGGCCUUUUAUUUUACAUUGUGAAGAGGACUGCUGGUUUUCAUUUUGUUUUUCUUUACCGAAAGCAACAUAAGUGGUGGACAGGCAUGUCAGAGUUUCUGUCAGCAUCCUGCCGUUCACUCAGAACUACAAAAGAAGGGUAGAGAAAACUCCUAACUUAAGUUCAAAGAUCUUUUUAAAGGAAAAGCUUGUAUAAAACACCUGAAUUAUGAAGGACGUGUUCAGCACAUACAUGAGUUAUUCCAAGUUUUGUUCAAGGAGCUGAUAGAGCUACACUGCUUGUUUUGUUGGGUUUUUUUUAAAUGACGUAAAUGUCAUAUCGUCAUAUUUAUAAUACAUUUUCAAAUAUAUGCUAUGGAUAGAGGCCCAAUUUUAAACUCGAAUGGAAAUUUAAGGUCCUUUAAAUUGGUCUCAUUCUGAUUUAUGCUACUAUUUUUCAUUUUUUAAAAUGGCAAAUUUUUCAUAAUAAUAUAUGCAAUAAAACGCAGAUUUAUUUAUUAAAUAGAGAAGAAAUAUAUUUUUAGAUUUAUAUUCCUACUCAUAGAUUUCAAACAUUGCUUCAUGAAUGUACAUUUAUAUCCCAGUGGGUAUUUUUAUAGAAGCUUAAGAAAAAUAUGUAUCUAUAUAUACACACACACACAAAUGGCGUUCACUUAACCUUUCCUCAUGAUCUGCCGCACUGACUUUGAAGAACAUUACUUAUGGAGUGGGUUGACUCCAUACUCUAUGUGACUAAAAGUAAAAUUCUGUAUUUGAAAACAUGAAUUCUGGCACAGAGGUGAUCAGAAAACUUCAAACUGUGUUUGUAUAAGAACCAGUGCACUCGAUGAGAGAAAUUACCAACUAAUCAAAUCCACUCAAUUUUUCAAAUUCCUGAACAUUUAAUAAUUCCAAUAAGCAAAAAUGUGACAAUGCUUGUAUUACAAUUUAACUAAUAAUGCUUUUAGUCACAUCACGAAACAUCUGAGACCAAACUUUACUCUUGGCUUUUACGGAAUUGCUCUCCAUUUAUACAAACUAAGCCUAGAGUAUUUGCUCCCUGUAGAACCUUUUUUUAUGUGUAUGGAAUGAAUUCAAAUUUAUACUAGCAUAAAUCAGAACAAAAGUCUGGCUUAAACUCUCCAUACAAAUGAUGGGGGAAAGGUGAUAAGCACUGUAGGAAGUUCCAGCCAAUGAUAUCCUCCUAUGUCCUUUUUACCUCAAGGAAUGAGCUCCAGAAAAAUUUAUUCUUGAUUCACACUCAUUUAUUGUCUUCAAAGAUAAAUGAGUUCAUAAAUACUUUCUGACAUAGUAAAACUUAAGAAAAAUUCCAAAACUGUACAUAUAUCAUGUAGGCAGUUACAUGACCCUUGAGAAUUUGCAAUAUUUAUAAUCUUCAAAAAUACACAUCUAAUGCGGCUUUGUCUCGGGUAGCAAGUGGUUGGAUUAUCCAUAUAUUCUGAUUAUCAGUCUCUUGCAUAUACACAAAUAAUAUUUUAAAUUAUUUUUUACUUUAGGAAAUUAUUUUAAAUCAAAACACAACAAAAAAGUUAUUUCUGUAGUUUAAUACUUUUUAAGAAAAAACGGGACUACAACCAGGUCUGGGAAUCUUGUGCCUCUUCCUGCUCUUUCAUUCACUUAUUUUAAGGCAAGUUUCUUCAGUUUUGCCUUUGUUCUUCCAGCUGCAAAAUGGGAACAAUCUCUACUUACAUACGUCACAAGGCACUGUGAAGAUUCACUAAAACUUCUAAAGCUGCAUGUUAAAAAAAAUGCUCUUUCAUUGAAGGUUUAAGUUAAUUUAAUCACAAGCUAGUAUCUCAAAAUUUGCAACCUGAAUGUGUCAUGUUAAAGACACGGUUAAAUUAUUCCUAUUUCAUAUAAUGCUUCAUAUUUAGCUUAUAUCUAUCCUUACACGCGAGACAGCCAUUCGUUAAAAAUGAAGAUGGCAAUAGUCCCAUGCAUUAUAAAUGGCAUCCAGAACAGCACCACUGCCUCAGCACUCAGUAAGCUGACAAAGGACUGACAGAGCCUGCCCUUUAUCUGUAUGAUAUUGUGUUCAUGUACAUGUGUGCACAUGCUGAGCAGCAUCGGGAGCUUCCCCUGGCAGAGGCAGAUCUGCGUCAGACAUAAUUCAGUGUGCUCUGCUUGCCACCUGCUGGAUGCAGCCACAAGUUUGUUUUUCAUCUCAAAAUUAGUUAUAGGAAGAGACAGCAAUAUUUCCCUGCUUCCUGAUGGAUCUGGAGAUCCUUACCUGUGGCAAAGCUCCUGUAGAAAUCAAAUACAAACUUGUCCAUCGGGGAGGUAGUUAACUUCCUUGACAGAGGCUAAGCAAGCAUUUCCUCAUCACCUGCUGAUCCCUUUGGUCACUGAAACCCAGUGUCCCCAACGACCACAAUAGAUAGCUCAUUUGCAAAACGUUGAUUGCAUUACUACAAGAGCCAUCCCAAAGAGAAGAAAUAUAUAUGUGCAUAAAAAUAAAAAUCAAAGCAUAUUUGCGCACGUGAUAACUAAGUACUUAGCUGAAAGGACUCAUUUAUCACCAAGAAGAAAAAGAAGCAGAAUCAGUGGUGACCGUGAACUAUAAAAAUGACUGCAUUACAGUGGAAAACAGAAGAGAAGCCAUCAGUUAGUGAUUUUGAUCAGUUCAUGCCAGAUCAUGCGUUUUUAAGAGACUGCGUAACCCAGGCUGCUGGUGCCACCUGUGCCUACCUGCGUCAUGGGAAAAAGCACGAGCAUGCACAUUUGGCUGGGCUGCUGCAGGAAAGGCAGGAAGGGAUUGCAGCUGGUGUGCUUUGAAGGCAAGACUGACCUUGAAUUGAUAGGCAAAAAGAGUGGAGGGCAAAGCUGCUGUUAAAUAGUGCUUGGAAAUUUUUGUUCUCCUGAGGAAGGGGUAGGAAAAUGAUCAUCAGCUGCCAAAUAUAGUGGAUCCUAGUUUAAUGUUUCCUUAAAAAAAAAAAAAGAAGUGGCAAAUCAAUGGCUACUGAAAAGUAUCCAGAGAUAAAACUCUCAAGCAACUCUAACUGGGCAGCAGCAGAGAGCAAACUCCUUUGGAGCACAGUUACUGUGUACAGCCACAUCCUGCAGUUUCAGGCAUCCCCACAAAGCCCCGAGCUGACAGGUAACUGAAGCGUCCCUGUUUCCCUCAGCACACCCACACCAUUUCCAUCACACACCUAGCUGCAACCAAUGCAGGUGCUGAGACGCAUUGCUGCUGAGCCUGACGCUCCUCUGCCCACCUACGUGCUGAAAAUACCGGGCUGGAGACCUGUGCGUGGGGCAGGCAGAGCAGCAGCGUGACAGAGUGCAGGAUCUGGCCGCUGGUGUGAACCCUUGGCUGUGUGGUCCCUGCUGAGGGGCAGGUGGGAGAUGGCCAGGGUAUCCUUUGGUGCAAGAACCUACUCCUUGCCAACAGAGGAGGGGGGGAGUAAGAUUGGCUCUAUAUGACUUUGCCAUCUUUGGGGAACUUUGGGUUGAGCCAUCUUAAUUUAAUAUCAAAAUAAGAACUAGCUAUGUAUGUUUAAGAACAAACUCCCACUAUCUUAGAGAACACAAAGUUAAUUAAGAUGCAGUACUAUGCUGUUAUUUUAAAAAGAAGUAUCCAGAGUGCUUUUCAUUCUCAGGAUGACCAAAGUAAAAUACUUGACAACCUCUUAGUCUGUCCCUGUACUUUCCUGGUGUGAGGAACUCAAGCCAGUAUUAAUGGGGACAGCAUAUAGCCAGCCCUAAAUAUAGGGUUCACUACUCCUAAUCUACCACAAUUAUAUUCCGUGGACUUAUUUCAAUGAAUACUUUCUUUCUGCUGGCAGAAUAAUUACUAAAUCACAUUAUGUUUGACAUAUACAUGCAUAAUAUUUAUUUCUAUUUAUUGUGCGAUAGUACUUUAUAUGACUCAUGUUUCAUGCUCUGCUCUCUACUUGCUUGCCCAUUAUAUGCCUAUCCUAAAUCAUACUAUAUAAUCUGCACUGGUUAGCCUAAAUUCCAAUGAAACAAUUACAGAUACAGUAGGGAUUAAUUUGGCUUCUCAGUUUAACAAUUUCCUCAUGUUUACAUUGUUAAUCAAGAUGGUACGAGGCCAAAAGUCCUUUACUUCACCAGAACUACUAUUUAGGUGAUGGUUUUCAUCAUCUACUUGAAACUGUGACAGCAGCAGAGAAUACAGCAGGAUUCCCAGGUUUGGUUUAGUUUUGCUUGCAGAGCUUGAGCAAUGAUUUAUCUUACUGACCUCCUUUUUAAGUAUACUGAAGUGCAAGUAUUCCCAGGGAGAAGUUUGCAAUGGAAAGAAGAAACAAAUACUUGGGAGGAGGUGGAAGAAGGCCUAAAAGCAGGGACUUGCCGAUUUUGGAAAUAUUUAGUGUUAAAUGUAAACAUUUAACUUUAUUUUUGCAACAGAUGCUAGGGAAAAAGAAAAAAAAAGACCCUAAGACUAAAUCUUUCAGCUAAGUAGUAAAAGCUUCCAGAAAGUUUUGAGAGGCUCUUUUAAGUUUCUUAAUAAUGUCCUGCUCAGUUUGGAACAUACCAAGCCAUUCUUAGCCCACUCACAAGGUCAGGGUCUCCAGCUCUGCUCUUCUACAUCACAUUACAGGCUUGGCCAGACCAUCAUCCCACCAGCUUGUGCAAAGUGAUGAGGUGGUUCUAUCAAUCAUCGGGUCCGUUUCAACAGCGACCUCGCUACCAAGGCUGAACUAAUAAAUCCUCAAUGUUAAUGGCAGAGCUGUCAAGCUCAUUGUCUCUGGUGAGUUCUGCAGACGUGGCUAGACAUUCAAGAAAUAGGUACAGAUGACAUUCGAGAACAGCAUUACGCGAUCUUUAGUAGACUAGUGCCACGGCCUGCAGCUUUACAAGUACUUGAUAAAUUAGUUAACAGGAACUAGAUAUUAUUUUCUUUUAAAUAUUUUUGUGGAGUCGUAAGUGGUGAAGUGGUGGAUGUUAAUGUUUUCUCUUUCAAUAGAAAUAGUUUUAUAUUGUAGAAGUUUACUACUGUAAGAACUUUCAUUGUCUGAAGCAUUACUAAAGACAUACACAUCAUCAGUAGAUGUCUUUGUGAAAGCCAUCUCCACUGCUGUAUUAACCCACCCAAAGCAAAGAGAUAUGUUUCUAUAUUAUUGUAAGCACUACACUAUUAUCAGUAUAUCUAUGGCUAGCUAUCAUCUUCGACAAUAUCAUCCUUACCAAAGUAUUUCUAUUUAAUGCUGUAAUAUUUUAUGCCACCAUUCCUCAUUCCUUCCAAUCUAAAGCCUAACCCAGCACCCCCUAAACUCGAGAUGAACAGGCUGUGUCUGCAAUUCACAGUGGAAAGGCUACCCGGCUAGCUCCAAAAUCACAUGUAGAACAGCAGUUCAGUAAUUCACUGGUGUUUCCCAGAACUGGCUAAGCUAGUAAAGUUUCCUUGGAAUGGAUACUUAACAAAUUGCUAAUUUUCCUAUACACAGGUUAGAGUUUAAAGCAGAAUUUAGGCUUAACUUUUUAGAAGCUAAAUUAAAUUAUAGGGACAGAUUUACCCAGAAUAUUGUGUCAAAUACAGGAUCGCAUUACAUUAUGAAUAAUGGCCCUGAAAAGCCAGGCUCAGGCUGCCUGUAGCCGAGUAUUCAAUGUAAAUAUAUCCACUUAGAAUAAGCUUUGGUGUUUCUAAGCAGUGCCACAUUGUACAGGGGCUUCAGUGGAAACAGGAUCAGGUUCCAGCAUAAUAAGAGGGGAUUGGUGCUUUGCUUUUUUUUUGCCAGAAGAACGGUAGAAUGGAUCACAUAUUUCCAUUUCAAAUUCGUAUGAAAAUAAAACUGAUUUUAAUCUUGCAUAUCCCUAGUAAACCCCACUUCAUACUCUGUUUUAUAGUGUCACACACUGGGAAAAAGUGAAAAACAGUUAAAAGCUAGGCCUAUGAAAUUUUAUAGUUUAUCUACUGAAUAACUUAUUUUCUAUGUAUUUUAGUUAUUCCUCAGCUUUAUAUAUAUCGGCAGUGCUGUGAGGCUACAAUGGAGCACAGGCCCUGGUGCAGGAGGAGGUAUACAUAGACAUACCAUCCCUUAGAGCUUUACAGCCUAAGCAGAGGGUGAAAAAUUGUUAGAAUAGGGUGGAAAGCAAAGACUGUUGCUGAACAAAUACAAAACCAUGAAGAUAUUUCACCCUGCUGUUAAAUAAAUAAAAAAGUAAUUUUUUUUUUUUUUAAACCAAAGUGAGCCAAAAAGCUUCUCUC